CCCUCACUUCCUUUGGCCGCGAAGAGUGUUGGGCCUCCGCCGACCGUUCGCAGCUAGAGUCGACGGGACAGAGACACAAGCACACACGCACACACGCACACACGCACACACACUACUUGCACGCACGUCGGAGCUCAUCUCGCCGGACAACGACGAGCAAGCAAGCAAAGCCAACUCAACUUCAACCCUGAUUCUUCACCACCACCACCACCACCACGAAGAGCGUCGAGAUCUUCUCCUCUUUCCUUUGCUUUUGAUUCAAGAAGCUCUUCGAGUGGACGUAGCACGCACGCAGGCACGUACGCACGCACACCUCGUCUUCCUCCCUCUUCUUCCUACCCUACCCUUCGUCUCCCGGUGAAGACUUAGUCCAUCAUGUGUGGAAUCUUUGCCUACAUCAACCACCUCGUCGAGAAGGACCGCCGGCAAGUCGUCGACAUCCUCGUCAACGGUCUCGCCCGUCUCGAGUACAGAGGCUACGACAGCGCGGGUAUCGCCGUCGAUGGCGACGCCGAGAAGGAUGUCCUCAUCUUCAAGCAAGUGGGCAAAGUCGACGCACUCAGGAAGCACAUCGCCGAAUCGCCCGUCGAUUUCACAAAGACCUUCCUCUCGCAAGUCGGUAUGGCUCACACCCGAUGGGCUACUCACGGCCAGCCUUCCCCCAUCAACUGCCACCCUCACCGCUCUGACCCGCACAACGAGUUCGUCGUCGUCCAUAACGGCAUCAUCACCAACUACCGCGAGCUCAAGCUCGUCCUCGCCAAGCGCGGCUUCACCUUUGAGACGGACACCGACACCGAAGCCGUAGCCAAGCUCCUCAAGUACCUCUACGACUCGGUCCAAGGACGCAAGCCCGACUUCACCUCCCUCGUCAAGUCGGCCGUCAAGGAGCUCGAGGGCGCCUUCUCCUUCGUCUUCAAGUCGGUCCACUACCCCGGCGAAGUCGUCGUCGCCCGUCGUGGCUCCCCCUUGCUCAUCGGUGUCAAGACCGAAAAGAAGCUCAAGGUAGACUUCGUCGACGUCGAAUUUGGCGGCGCAGUCGACGAGGCAAGCACCGCUGAGUCGCGAGCUGGUCAGGCGGGCCUCCUCGCCCCUCCCCCUGCUUCGGUCGCUGGCGGUCUCGCUCCCCCCAAGGCGGGCACCAAUCUCAACUUGAUUCGCUCCCAGUCGAGGGCAUUCCUUUCUGAGGACGGCCUGCCUCAGCCCAUCGAGUACUUUAUCGCAUCGGACGCCUCGGCCGUCAUUGAGCACACAAAGAGGGUUCUCUACCUCGAGGACGAUGACAUUGCGCACAUCUCAGAGGGAGAGCUCCACAUCCACCGCCUGCGUCGCAACGAUGGCCUCUCGUCGAUUCGUUCGAUUGAGACGCUUGAGAUGGAGCUGGCAGAGAUCAUGAAGGGCUCCUUCGACCACUUCAUGCAAAAGGAAAUCUACGAGCAGCCCGAAUCCGUCGUCAACACCAUGCGUGGUCGCGUCAACUUCGACACUCGCUCCGUAAAGCUCGGCGGCCUCACUGCUUACCUCAACACCAUCCGCCGCUGCCGCCGCAUCGUCUUCAUCGCCUGCGGUACCUCCUACCACUCGUGCCUGGCCACGCGCGCUAUUUUCGAGGAGCUGACCGAGAUCCCCACCUCGGUCGAGCUCGCCUCCGACUUCCUGGACCGCCGUACCCCCAUCUUCCGUGACGACACCUGCGUCUUUGUGAGCCAGUCGGGCGAGACGGCCGACACGAUUUUGGCGAUGCGUUACUGCAUUGAGAGGGGAGCCCUCUGCUUGGGCGUAGUCAACACCGUAGGCUCCACCAUCUCGCGCGAGUCGCACUGCGGUGUCCACAUCAACGCCGGCCCGGAGAUUGGCGUGGCGUCGACCAAGGCCUACACCUCGCAGUACAUCGCCCUGAUCAUGAUGGCCGUCCAGCUCUCCGAGGACCGCAUCUCCAUGACGGAGCGCCGCAACGCCAUCAUCGACGGGCUGCACGACCUGCCCGAGCAGAUCCGCGCCAUCUUGGCUCAGGACAAGGCGCUGCAAGCCCUCGCGUACGGUACGCUCGCCAAGGAGCGCUCUUUGCUCAUCAUGGGGCGCGGCUACCAGCACGCGACGUGCCUCGAGGGCGCCCUCAAGAUCAAGGAGGUCUGCUACAUGCACUCCGAGGGUAUCCUAGCCGGAGAGCUCAAGCACGGCCCUUUGGCGCUCAUCGACGAGAGCAUGCCGGUUAUCCUGAUCAUGACAAAAGAUUCCCUCUACCCCAAGGUGCAGACCGCCCUCAUGCAGGUUACGUCGCGCAAGGGUCAGCCCAUCAUCAUCUGCAACGAUGACGAUCAGGACAUCGCAAAGGAGGCAAAGACGAUCCGUGUACCCCGUACGGUGGACUGCCUGCAGGGAUUGCUCACCGUCGUGCCCCUCCAGCUCCUCUCGUACCACUUGGCGACGGCGGCGGGCGUUGAUGUGGACUUCCCGAGGAACUUGGCAAAGAGUGUGACCGUCGAGUGAGCGGGUCGCGGCGUGGAGGGUGCGGAG